UAUGACGACACAGGAAUAACAUUCAAACAUGCCACAGCGAACGGGAAGCAAUAAGCAUCGCCCCACCAACUUUACCAGUCUGCCUUGCUUGCUUGCAACCGUGUUUGUUGGACCAUCGGUUCCGGCUUCACCUUCCAACACCACACAUCCCUCCACACCAUGUCCGACUGUAGGUCCAUUCCUUGCUCAUUGCGAUUGUUUGUACGGCAGGAAUAUUAAUAUCUGUCCAACAGACAACCCCUUCGCCCGCCGGGAGCAGCACUCCUCACAAGCUCUCAUCGCCCACCGCAUCACCACCCUGGUCACCUACCUAAUCUUCCUGGUCACUGCCUUUUACUACACCUUCAACGCCGCCGAGCCCCAGGGCAAACAUCACCGUCCCGGCCACACGAUAUGGGGAAACAACCAGGCCACGCCCUUUGCUCAGAACAGCAUCAUCACUUCCAUCUACUGGCUCGUUUUAUUCAUUCUGCAACUAGUCUACGCCUGGAGUCUGUACUCCAAGAACACUGUCUACGUCACCGCCGCUGCCAACAUCGGUUCCCACUACAUCGCCUCCAACCUCCUCCUCUUCGGCUUCAUCCACCUCUGGGUCCGCAACCACUUCUGGCUUGCUGAACUCCUCAUCGUCGUCAACUUCUUCAACCUCUCCCUGGCCUACUUCCGCCACAGCACCACCCCUCGGCUCAUUCACAUCGGCACCGUCGCCGGUCCCUUGGCCUGGAACUUUGUGGCUUUGUACUGGGUUGGUGCCAGGGCUGUCGCCACGGACCGUUUGGCUGCCCGGAUCGUAGCGAAUGUGUUUAUUUGGGGCAUUUUGGCUUAUGGUGCUUUCUUUUUGGUGGCGUUUAAGGAUUAUACCAUUGGCAUUGCUUUGUCGGUGCUUGCUUUCUCCACCGGCGUCGGCCAAUUUCUCACUAAAAACCCCAUCCUCCAACUCCAAUGGAUCUUCGCCUUUGCCAUUGGUGGUGUCCUCUUCAUCCUAUCUCUCGGUGUCGGUUUCCCUGAGCUGUUCGGCAAAGACCGUAUUGGUGGCGGCGAGGUCGUAUCUGAGGACCGUGAACGCGCACCUUUGUUGGCCGAUGAGUAG